AUGCCGCCCCGGGCAACCGCCCGUCGCCCGUAUCAAAACCCGCUAGUUGUAGGUACUAAAUUAGUGGAUGGAAGUUAUUGCCACUCCAUGAGCAGUCUGCUGCUCCCGAUGGUGGUGCUUCAGUGCACAUAUGUAGUAGAAGCUCUUCAGGUGAUUGGUGGAAGUGUGACAGUGGUUCAAGGAGGUACCGCUAUCCUACCGUGCCAUGUCACUGGUACCGAUGAUGACCUGAUACAGAUUACCUGGCAGAGGAGGACGAGAGAAAAACCUCACAAUGACAAUUUCCUCACUAUCCUACCCAGAGAGGGAGUGCAGUUUGUUAAUGGAGGUGAUGAUCGAUUUAAAUAUAUCGGGAAUUUUAAUCAAAAAAAUGGAACUCUCCAAUUAGCUGAUGUUACUCUAAAGGAUGAAGGCAGCUACACGUGCAUCUUCACGUUGUUUCCCAGUGGAAAUCAGAAGACUGAGAUACUUCUAAUAGUGAUUGUGCCUCCUUUCACAAACAUCAAGGACAAUCUUCCCACUUUGGGCAAAGAAGAGGUUUUAUUUGCUACCUGCACGGCUGCUGGAUCGAAGCCUCCUGCAGAGGUGAGGUGGCUCACUGAUGCUUUGGGAGACGAAGUGAGGACGACAACAAACUCCACACAGUAUGACAACGAUACAACUACCACAGUCAGCUCUCUGUUUGGUGUUCCUACGAGAGAGAUUAACGGUCACCAGGUCCAGUGUGUCAUCAACAGUGACGCCAUGUCUAAAGAAGAAACCCUGCCCUUCAGCAUACAGGUCUACUUCCCUCCCACAGAAGUGAACAUUAGAGCAAUUUCUGAGAACUCAUUUGAGUGUGUGACAGAAGCCAACCCAAGCGCAAACUUUACCUGGAGCAGAUCUGCCCAGUCUUUCCUGCAGUCUACUGUCAAAGUAGAUGGUGCAAAGCUACAACUGCUGAGUCUGACCUCUGAUCUAAACGGCCUCUAUCAGUGUGAAGCGUCGAAUGCAUAUGGAAGUAAACAUGGUCAGCUGUAUGUGCAUGUGACAUCAGGAACAUGCUCGGCUGCUUGGGCCUCAUUUGCUGUUUUUCUUUUCCUGAAUGUCAUUGGAGCUGCAGCAUGGUGGUUUUUCAAAUCUGGAUAUUUUCAAAGGUUUUUCCCCAUGCAUGGUGAUGAACACAGUGACCCACAAUCUCCCAGGAGUCCAGGUGAUGAUCAUGGACAAGAGACUGCAGAGAGAGGAAUCUGUCUGACAGCAAAAGAAGAAAAACAUCUGGACUGAGGGCUCCACUAGUAUGUCUUUCAGCUGGUAAAUGAAUAGGUGAAACACAGGUGGACGU